GUUAAGUGAAAAUUUAAUAUAUUUUGGUUGGAAGAGGGGAUGAAGAUAAUAGAUUUGUGGUUCUAUUCUUUUAAGUAAAUGCAGUAUUAGAACUCCAGGAGUCGAUUUGAGGGAUAUGGCAAAGGGUUUGGUCUGGUUUUUGAUGUAGGCAGAUGUAGACAUUUUAGGAAAAAGGAAAGAGAAAAAGGUGUAAGAUUAUCCUACAUCUCUCCAAAACCUGAUGUAUAAAAUAUACAUUUAAUGAUAAGAGGUUUUGGAAAUGGAUAUUAGUUAUACUCUCAGGCAUAUGAUUUGAUUGAGACAGUUCCUUGACAGAGUAAAUUAAAAUGUUGCUCUCUAAACAAAACUGGAGUCUCCAAAAUGAUGGGUUCAUUUUAAGCAAACCAUUGUUGAUUGUCAACAGUGACUGGCUCAUCAGAGUUAUCUAAAUACUUGUUGUCUAAGUCAUGGAAUGAACGGAAUGUUCUGUCAAUUCCUGAUGGUAUAUAAAGGUCCCAGGGAAGCAGAAGACAUGCACAUUUCAGGAAGGACUUCUUCCAACUUACCUGAGUUCUCUCCUCUAGACAACAUGUGCUGCAACUACUACGGCAACUCCUGUGGCUAUGGCUCUGGCUCUGGCUAUGGCUGUGGAUACGGCUCUGGGUACGGCUGUGGAUAUGGCUCUGGGUACGGCUGUGGAUACGGCUCUGCCUAUGGCUGUGGAUAUGGCUGUGGAUAUGGCUCUGGGUACGGCUGUGGAUACGGCUCUGCCUAUGGCUGUGGAUAUGGCUGUGGCUAUGGCUCCCGCUAUGGCUGUGGCUAUGGCUCCGGCUAUGGCUGUGGCUAUGGCUCCCGCUAUGGCUGUGGCUAUGGCUCCGGCUAUGGCUGUGGCUAUGGCUCCCGCUACGGCUGUGGCUAUGGCUCCCACUAUGGCUAUGGCUACUGUGGUUACCGGCCAGUUUGCUACAGAACAUGGUAUUCUUCUUGCUGCUAGAACAUCACUAUCUGAGCACCAUUUGCUUCUGAAAUGACACUUCUAAGAAUAAUUCUGACUCAACGGCCUCUAUACCAAGAUUUCCAUAUUUAAGAAAAUACAUGC